AUGGCGGGACAGUUCGACCCGUCGACGGGGAGGAGGCCGUUCCAGAAGAAGAGGAGAGAGUCAGAUGCUGAUGUCGUCAGCUCUGUUGAGAGAGAUGAGCAGGAACAAGGCCAAGAUGCAGUCAAGUCAGCGAAGAAGAAUGCUGGUUCGAAGAGCCCUGGGGGAAAGGGGAAACAAUCGGCCGGGUCGCCCGUUGAAGGAGCGGGCAGGAAGCGCAAAAACGAGAAUCAAGGUCAAAACAAGGAAUUGGCAAUAGAACCCCCCGCAAAGAAAGCAAAGGAGUUCUCAGCGAAGGCAGCAAGUCAGCCUACUCCUCCAGCGAAGAACACACCUACCACAAAGACCCCUGCAAAGAAGACUCCUGCAAAGAAGACGCAACCUGGAAAGAUGACAAAAGAACAGUCUGCGAGCAAGCAGACAGGGAAGCAUGAAUUGUCUAGAGACCGGUCCGAUCUGCAAACACCAUCAGAUAGCAAGGGAAAGAGGAAAUCCGAUCAAAACAUGGAAGUGUCGAAUCAAAACGGGAAGUCGGGCAGCAAGCGGGCCAAAACAACACCAAUGAAACCAGAUAAGAGAAUGGAUGAAUCUCUCCAAAAUGAGAGUGGAAGUAAGAAGAAGGGAGAUCAUCGCUCAAUGGACAAAGAUGCUCAGGAAGCCGAUGUGAAAAGGAAAUCAGAUGUCGAUUCGCGAUCAUCUCCACGAACUCUUAGAAACGUUCAGUCGCACCAGGCCAGUAAACUUAACGGCACUACGCCAAGGAACGCCAAGAGCUCCGCUAUGAGCAUGUCGCCCACGAAUGCACCGGUUGUCAAGGAUGUCACGAGCUCUUCGGAGAGGCGCUCUUCCCCUAAGAAUACCAAGAGCUUGAGUCCCAAGAGUUCGAAAACUUUGACCCAGAAGAGCACCAAGAACUCUACUACGAAGAGCACUAAAACUCCCAAGAGCUCAAAUCCUAAAACUCCCAAGAGCUCAAAUCCUAAAACUCCCAAGAGCUCAAAUCCUAAAACUCCCAAGAGGUCAAAUCCUAAAGGGUCAAAAAGUGCAACUUCGAAGAACGGGAAUGGAUCGACCCCAAGUUCUGUAAAGCCUAAGGCUCACGCAAAAAUACCCAAAAUGAUAAAAGCGUUCUUCAAGGAGCAUCAAGAGAAGAAGAAACGAGAAGAAGCCUCUGCGCAGAUGAGGUUGGAAGAGGAAAAGGAACAACAAGAAAGCAAGGCUACAGAUCAACCUGUGGUGGAUACACUCCAACUUGAAAAAAGCGAUACACCAGAAAAUCUAUCGAAAAUGCAGAAACGUCGAGUGGACAUGAUGAAGUCAGCUGAGUGGAUGCUUGAGAUUGGCAAGAAGAGGAAGUCACCACGCAAGGCAAAGGGCGCAGGAAGCCUUGAUGAUAUAUCUGAUAGCGACGAAGGGGAUGGAGCUAUGAACGAAUACUUCUUACCCGCCUACCAUCACAUGAUCGACGAGUUGAAGAAGAUAAACUUUGAUGCGAAUCAAUUCAUUCUGGACACGUCGGACCAGUGCGAGGAUGGUGUACAGAAAGUCCUCAUCGAGAAUCGGCUGGGGUUGUCGAAACUUACACAGAAAGACAAGAAGGAGAUUGAAAAGCUAGCAGCCAGGAUUAGCAAGGAGAAUCAAGAUUAUGUCCCAAAGAAGGAACCUUUGAAACGAGAGAAGCGAGGGAGAAAGUGA